AUGUCUGACAAAGAAUACUCCAAGUCCCAGUCACCUGAGCGAGAGCAACCUGAAGGUGCUGUUGAAGAUUCCGCAGUUGCUACUCAGCCCUCGGAGACGAAGGCGGACAGUCAGGAAGAGGAUGCGAACUCCAAAGCCCGACAAAGGCAGGAAAGAUUCAAGGCCCUACAAGCCCGUGCGAAAUCCGCCGCCGAACGUAACUUGAAAGAAACUGCAGCCGAAACCCAGCGCCUUGCAACCGAUCCGUCCUUGGUCUCAUCGCUGUCGCGCAAACACGCAUUUGCCUCUCAUAACUUACUCAAAGCGGACACCGAAGCCUCUGGAGAGGAUUUUGAACGAAAGCGUGCAUGGGACUGGACCGUCGAUGAAUCCGAAAAGUGGGACAAGCGCAUGGACAAGAAACAACGCCAUCGAGACGACGUUGCGUUCCAGGAUUACACGCAAGAUGCGCGCAAGGUGUACAAGAGGCAAUUGCGUGAAAUGCAACCUAACCUCGAAGGUUACGAGAGGGAGAAGAUGGCAGCGAUUGAAAAGGCUGCCGCCAACGGUGACCUAGAAAUUGUGGAAACAAACGACGGUGAAAUGAUCGCCGUUGAUAAAAAUGGCUCAUUCUACUCCACGGCGGACUCCGUCGGGUUUACCGAGAACAAGCCUGAUCGAGCAGCCGUUGACAAGCUGGUCUCAGAUCUGCGAAAGGCUGAAGAGGUGCGGCUCAAGAAACGCAAGGAUCGCCGUGGCGAUGAUGAUGCCGAUGUUACCUACAUCAAUGAGAAGAACAAGCAGUUCAACCAGAAACUAUCCCGCUUCUAUAAUAAGUACACUACGGAGAUCCGUGACAGUUUCGAGCGUGGUACCAUGAUUUGA